GCCGAGCCGUACCGUGCAGCAGGCACAAGCCGCUAGGCGCGCAGGAGAAGCCGCAAAAAAUUACAGCAGCCGCUACUUGAAACUGCGAGGAGAGACAGAGGGAGCGUCGGAACUUCAGUGUCCACGAAGCCAGAGAUCCAAAAUGGGAGGCAAGCUCAGCAAAAAGAAGAAGGGAUACAAUGUAAAUGAUGAGAAGGCCAAAGACAAGGAUGCCAAAGCAGAGGGGGCCUCUGCUGAGGAGAGCGAAGCACCGAAGGACAACAAAGAUGAGGCCCAGGCUGCCACUGAUGCUAAGGAGGUAGCGAACGACACGGCGGCCAAGGAGGCGCCGGCGGCAGACGCCGCAGCGCCCAAGGAGGAGGAGAAGAAUGCAGCUCCCGCCGCAAAGGAGCCCGAGAAACCUGCCGCCAACGCUGAGCCGAAAACGGAGGCGCCCAAGAGCGCAGAGCCCGCCAAGGCCGAGGAGAAACCAGCUGCCCCCGCCCCGGCCAAAGAGUCCGCCCCUGCCGCCAAGGAACCCGAGGCCAAGGCCGCGGCGCCCGCCCCGGCGGCCGAGAGCAAAGAUGAGGCCGACGCCAAAAAGACUGAGGCCCCCGCGGCACCAGCAGCCAAAGCAGAGGCGGCCCCUGCUGCCUCCCCUGACCCCAAGCCCACAGAGGCAGCGGCGGCAGCGGCUCCAGCACCAGCAAAGGAGGCCGCUGCUGCACCUAGUUCAACACCAGCCGCCGAACCUCCCGCCAAGGAGGCGAACGCCACAGAGGCACCAAGCAAGGAUCAAACCGUAGCAGUUCAAGAUUAAUGGACAGCUUCUUUUCGGAAAUGAAAAAAAUAAAGUACCUAACUCAACGACGAAGAAGAUAAAAAAAUGAAAAUGAAAUUAACUAGCCCACCCAUAUUAUGAUAAUAACAAUAAUAAUAAUAAUUGUAAUGAUGAUGAUUUGUUGAAUGAGGAGGACUGGAGCAACCACCUGGAGAAGUUUCCCACCGCUGCAGAUGAUUAUUGCUAUUAUUAUUGUUAUGUUUUAUUCUAUUUUUUUCUGCUGUAGUAUUUGAACUUUGAUACGAGUCUGUGUCGGCCAUUCGCUUCACCAUUCCACACCCAUCAUCCCUCUCCCUCAUAUGGUCAUGGGGUUGAACCUGACUCCCAUCUGGCCCCACAGAGGGCCCGCGCUCAUACACUCACCUGCACCCCUCUGCUCUGUGGAUGUCACUAGAUCUAAAUUUGGGGAAAUGGUUCUGAGGGAAGGAGGUGGAGGGUUUAACAAAUCACUUUUACCAGCUGGACCUCCACUGAACCCAUCCACCCCUCAGCCCCCCCCCCUCCCCCCCCUUCCACUCAUCCUCCUCCUCAGAGUGUCGUGUUGUCGGCUUUGGCCUGGUACCUCUAGCUUUCUGGUGCCGUGGAGUUGUGGUAGUGUCCUUUUUCUUUUUUAACCCAUCCUCCCCCAUCCCCGGCUUUUUUGGUGUUGUUGGGUUGUGUUGCUGCCCAUUUUCCUCUUGGGGUUAAACACCACUCUACAAAAGGAGGAGGUUAAGUUUAUCGUGAGGACGGAGGAUGUUCAGGCUUUCUAGAACAUUCUGGAGGCGGGCUUUGCAGAGUGAAACACAUUCUUAGACAUAAAACAGUCAUAGGAAUUUUUCAGAUAAGGUUCUAGAUUUUGUACUGAAACCCUUAGGUAUAUUAUAAGUGAACUAAGUGGUUUUUUAACAUUUGUAAUAUGCUUAUAAAAAUCUGCAAAGCCGCGCUGAAAAGACGUCUACGAUGUUCUUAGAAAGACAAUCUGAAGAAAAAUUCUCACAGAUGAUACGAUUUGUUUUUGAAAGACAUAUCCACCGCUGACCUGGGUGAAAUGGGCUUCGCAGUCAUGACACAGAGAUAGUUUGAGCUUGCUUAGAAGACCAAAAAGGUGACGUUUACUGCUUCAACAAAAAAACCACAAGAAAAGAUGUACUUAUGUCCUGCAUUCGAUUUAAAUCAAGGAUUAACAGCAAAAUAUAUUUCAUAUAUUUAAAUCAGCCCCAAAAUGCCAAUUUGGAAUUGAAUUUGAGAAAUAGUAAUAAUUAAUAGAAAUUUGAAAUAAUGAAAUUAUCAAAAUG